AUUCAUGCAUAUAUUUCAGUAGGGUUAUUUAAAAAUGGCGGAUGCAUCGUCUUCCGAUACUACCUCAGAUUGUUGUAAUGAAUGGUUCUCUGAUAUUACCUCUGAAAAAUCAGAAUAUGUUAUAGUGGGCCAAAAACCAUGUCUAUCUCAUCGUCGCAGUAAAAGACAUUUCUUACAGAAGCUAUUUUUAAGAGAGAUCAGAGGCUGUUUAUCAGCGCACAAUUAUGCCUCAGAAGAAAGACUGUUUGCUACUGUACCUUCAUGGAGACAUUUACCACUGUUACAUGUAAUCCCAAAAUCUGCAUUAGAAGCAGGACAUAUUGUAAUGGGAUUGACACAAUGUGGUCAGUUUUUACUUACAUACACAUAUACUAUGGAUGUGAGUGGCACUACUUCUUUAUACAAAUACUUAUUACAUUGGUGGGCUUUUACUCCAAAUCAUGUUGCACGUAAAGUUGCAGAGGUUACGCUUUUUGGUAAUUACACUAUCUAUAGAGAACUCAGUAUUGUAAUAUCUCAAUGGCCAAUGGAAAGAAAUAAACUAGUAAUACAUGGUCUUUGUACAAAUUGGCUACAUCUUCAACCAACAGAUAGAGCAUACUUAACAAUAACUACAGUACCAUCUCUUGAAAAUUGUAAAGACUGUUUAAAAGUAGCAGCAUCUUAUGAAGAAGAAGGUGAAGAGCUAGCAGCAAACUGGGAUGGUUGUGUACGAUGUAACUGUCUUCAACAUGGGCUCACUGUCCAUACCACCUACGAAGUAAUUUCUCCAUAUCCUAGGUUCCGUGCUACUGUCUGUUUGAAUUAUUGGAAUCAUGUGGUAGUUAACACAGGCAACUUUUUACAUGUGCUCAGGGUGGACUUGGACAUUCCAAAAUCAAAAAACCAGAAGUCUAACGAUAAACAGGAUACUGUAAUUUCUGAUACGAUGCCGUUAGACAUGAGUGAUGUCGAGGAAUUGGAUUACACUAAAACUGUGGAACGUUACGAGAUUUCCGACGAGAAAAUAAGCACAUCUGAAUGUGCUGCAGUUGAUCAAUCGCCACGAUGCGAAUUAAAUAUAGAACAUGACUUUUUAGAAGAAUCAAUUAAAUUAGAUAAGUUAGGCCGUGAUUCGUUAAAUACCUCAAGCAGCAAUCAAAGCGACUGUGUCUGUGAUAUAAAUAAGUCUGCUGAUGUCGUAGGUGUUAAGUCGUGCGGGUGCUCUGACAGCAGCGAGUGUAAAUGUCGAAAUAGUAGUCCAAUCUCACGAAUCGAACAACAAGCGAUCUCGGUCAGAGAUAAAAUCUUACAGGAUUUCUGCGAGGAUAUGUCUCAGGAGCUCAAUAUCGGUAGUGAUUUAAUUACACUAGUAAAACAUCCUUCGUGUUCCCCACGAUCUACACCGCAAAGACUUCCUUCUGAUCUCAAAACUAUGAUAUGGUCUUCGCCAAUUCUAACGCCGCCCUCAGAUAUCUUGAAAACUCGGAAUUCAGAAUCUAGUCAUAAAAGCACACGUAGUCAACGAUCUAGUUCCCCUCAACCUGGUGCUUCAAAGGACAAUAAUAUCGUUUCCGUUAACUCUCCUCUUCAUUCGGUUUCUAUGAGUCCAUCUUCUUCAUGUUCUUCGCGAUUAAUGUCACCUCCCAUAUCGCGAUCCUUCCGUUAUCCAAGUCCACGCAAAAGAUCUAACUUACAUUCUCCUCCUCCAAUUGUGAAUUCAGCACAGUCUAGAACAAGAGCUACACACAAGCUCAUUCUUGAAGCUGAAAAAGCAUAUGAAUUCACAGACGAAGCACAAGAAACUUGUGAGAAGCUUAGUUCAUUUCGAAAACGAAGACUUGCUGAUAAAAAAUAUGAAUUUUGUGAUGAAACUGAGGAUGCCGAAAAUAUAGUUCCUUUCAAACAUAUACGGGAUCAAUUCAAACACCGUAGCUGUUCUAUUUAUCAAAUAUCAUCCUCUCCUACAAUGUCAUCUGUAUUGCCUAAUGGUAGAAAACAUUGGGUGGAUUCUGAUCAAAGUGAAACAGAUGAUAUCAAUGUUAAUCAAGAAAAUAAUAUAUCAAAUGAAUUAAUUAUAGAUUCAGCUGAAAAAAAUGUAUUACGUCCAUUAAAUCAGAAUCAACUAUCUAAUGGAGGCAUAAAUAGGGAUCGUUCUAAUAAAUAUUCUAUAAAUUCCUCUCCAUUAGUUCCAAAAAUAAAUUUACAAUUUCCUAGCAUAAAAUGCACAGCACAUUUCAAAAGAAGUUACAUAGAACUUGAUGAUGAAAUGAUAUCAGUUAUUACAGAUGUUGAAGAUGAGGAAACAGGAGGAUAUGUAAGUUAUCAAUGUGUACUUCCUAUGCACGUCCAUGGAUCUGGUUAUGUCCAAAUGCAAAUGAUUAGCAAUAGCAAAGCAGAAAAAUUGAUAGUACCAUGUGUUUCAAUAAAUCAAUUAAGUUUCGAUAUUGAAACGUUUUCUCAUCAUAUUGCUGAUUGGAUUUGUAUGAGAUUUAAAAAGAGAUAUUGGCAUUGCAGUGAUUAUGAUAUAGAAAUAAUAGAUGUGUGCGCGUUAAGUGGUGAUAUUAUCUGUCUAUUAAUUAUGAAGAUACAAGCUAGUGAAAUUAGUAAUCAAACUCAAUGCUCUCAAGAGAGAAAACAGUACGAAGUGGGAUGCAAAUUUACAUGGAACAUCGAUACAAGCCAAUAUAGAAUAACUGAUAUAUUACCAUUAGAAGAAGUAAAACCUGAAUCAUGGAAGCCAAAUUGUAUGAAUGUUCCAAAUUUUCGAAGUCCAUUAUGGAACCCGACCAGACGUUUAGCACCAAAAUUAAGAGAAAAGAUACAACAACCAUACGCGCACACAGUUCGAUUUUUACAUAACGAAAUGACUUUGACAGGCGAAUCCAUAACUAGACUUCAUGAUUUGGAUAAUUUGGUGGAAUUUUACAUAACACCAAUGCCAAACUAUUCUUCAAUUGAAUAGAUAAUUAUCGACUAGAUGAUAAAUUGCAAACAAUAUUUAUUGUUAUAAAUCUAAGAAUUUCAUCAUCGGUAAGAUAGCGUGUACAAUGUAAUGAAUGUAUUGGAAACAUACCCCAUAGAUUUAUGAUAACUAUUUCAAAAAAUCAUUUCCAAACUUGAAUAACAGAUAUAGCAGAUGUAACACGUUGUAUAGAUUCUUACUGUGCUUUUUUAACGAGACUAUCUAAAUAAGUUUAUUAUUAAGUGCCACUAUAAUGAAUUGUCCAAAACUUAACGACGUAUUAAGGGUAAUGAUA